AUGGAAAACAGGAACCAUACAAAUACUCAUAAUGCUGUAAACAAUAAAAAAAGAAAAAAGAAUCCUAUCUUACAAGCAAUAAAACUUUUGGAAAGAAAAUUUAUGUUUUGGCCCAAAGAAAAUCUUCCAAAAGUUACAACAUUAAAUCAAAUUUUGAUAUCUGCAGAAGAACAAGUUACGAGAUAUAUGAAAGUAAUCGCAAAUGGACCAGUACAAAAUGGUAAACCGGGUAUUGUUGAUUCUCGUGCUGUCAUAAAACGGCCAUCAAAUUAUAAUGGAGUUUUGAACUGUUAUGUCAUUAUGGUCAUUGGGUUUCGACGUCUCGUUUUCAGGUCCGUUGGAUCACAAAGUACACCUUAUAGUAUUACUAAAAAAUGA